UGUGCCACUUUCGGGUCUCCUCACACUGCUGCCAGGUCCAUACUGAUUCAUGGCCCCCUGCCUCUGUAUGGCCUUCAAUUUAAGCUGCUUACGCUUCGCCACUCUGCCAUGGGCCCUGUACCGCCUCCUCUUGCUGCUGCCAGGUCCAGAGUGUGUCAUGGGUCCCUGUACGGCCUCCCAUUGCUGCUGACUUCAUCGCUAGACUCUGCCAUGUGCCACUUUCAGGUCUCCUUACAGUGUUGGUGGGUUCCAUUUUGUGAUAGGGUGCUGUAUGGCCUUCCAUUGCUGCUGCCUCCACCGCCACCCUGCGCCAUGUGCCUC